AUGUACAAGUUGAACAAUAAACCUCAAGGACAGAAGCAUACAAUUAAUAGGCCUGAAACUAAAAGGCUCGAGGCGAUGAAAAUCAAACAGGUAAAUCUUGCUGAUGACCAGGAGUUGGAGAAGACGAUAGCUGAAAGCGGACCUCUUGAUAUCAUGGGGCCCACGCCGGAACACCUUCUUCAACCAAGGGGGACUCCACUAGCGACUAAAGUUAAGAUACGAUGCUCUUCAUGCCACGAGGAGCUCUUGUCGCCUGUGACAGACAUAAAGCUGAUAAAGGUCCUUUCGAAACAAUAUGCCAGUGAUAUCCUUCCCACAUUGACGGCAUCUUACACUAGCCAAAGUCCUACAUCAGAAUCAGAUACUGAUAUUCCAUGCUCCCUCAGCAUCGUCAACAAUCUUCCAUCCAGCAUAAACGUCGUUAUAUCUAUUUACGGUCGAAUACCUGCAUCAUUAACGAACGACCAUGUCGCCAUGUCCCUACCCAUCUCGAGCGUGAGUAUCGGCGGCAAACGAGAGAAGGCAGAAAUAAUCCAAACGAUCCCCACGGUGCUUCUUGGGUCAAACACCAAAGCUUCGCAGGCAGAACAGGUGAUGCGUUCUGGAAAGACAGCACAAGAAACAGGCGAAACAGUCGAUCAAGGCUCCAAUUGGGCCACGAUUCCUUUCACACUAUCGUUUGAAGAAGGACAAACGCCACCAAAAGCACCCAUUCAAGUUCCUUUCCAUGUUGAAGUCGAAACAAGACUUCCAGACGCCUGGAAACUGUUAUCAUCGAAACGUGGUUUACGAUACAAGUUCUGGGCCGUUAGCCAGAUCCAAAGCUAA